UUGAAUCAAGUUGAAUUUUCAACUAAUCUAUUAGACCAGUCAGUAAUCCAUACUUACCAAAAACUCAAUUUAGCUUUUCUCUUCUCACCAUUUUGUUUUGAUAUUGAGAACGUUGAUACCAAAAUGUACUUACACGGUUUUUAAGAUCGAACGCUCUCAAUUUAAGAACAUAUACAUACAUACUUAAAUAUUUCUCUCUAUGGUAGAUUGCUGAGCUCCUCUUCGUGAAGGUUAAUAAAGGCAGGGUCAGCUGUUGCAUACCCAGAAGCUCACUGUAGGUACUACCUAUUCUUAAAUUUUAAUAAAUUAUUGAAUAAAAAUACAAAAAAAUGUACAACAUUUAUAGAGCUCUUAGAAAGGCUAAAUCUAACAAAUAUGAAAAAUAAUAUAUGUGGUAUUUAUUGAAACAAGUUUCAGCGUCCUUAGACGGAUGAUUUAGUGUCACAAAUUGAGUAAUGCUCAGAAAAACAGCCUAUAUAAACCUGAAAAGCAAAAUAAGAUUUUCAAGAAGAAUUUUUUCGACUUUUUAAAGACUAUUUCGCACAAUAUUGUUGCACGGUUUACAUAGGUAAACAGCUAACUGACACCCUGAAUGUUUAAUCUAGUUUUUAUAAGGGUAAGCCAGGAUUUUGAAUUUUCAAUAAAAGUCCAUUAUAGUUGACUUAGUAACAAAUAAUUUUUCAAUUCAUUUAAAUGUGUAUUGAUCUUUAAAACAAAAAAUGCCACACGUGCUUUUCUAUCUGAUGCAAAAUAGGGUGCCUCAUAACAUGCAAUGCGAUUUUUAUAGGAAAAAACUUUUUUCUUGGGAUUUUUCAAUCAAACAUGUUCACAUUACACAUUAUUUAAUUCUACCUGUUUGUUGUUUUUGUUUUCUUUGUAAUUUUACAUAUUUGCAGCGUGCGGUUUUUGCAGGUACUGCACGUGUUCUUCGCCUUUUGGAAAAUGACCAAGAUCGGACAAUCCAAAUUUGUAGACGUCAGGAGUGGUACUCCUGAUAGAAGCAGAAAGAAGAAAUUGAAUAAAUCUAAACAAUUGCAGGCUAAGCCAGAGCCAAAAAUCGCUAAGGAUGUGGGGAAAAAGUUUGAGAGGACUUCAGCUUUGGGUUCUUUAAUUCCCAUAAGAUCGCAAUCCAUAUUGAGCGUAAGUAUGGAUUCCGAGGAUCUAACGCCAUCUGCCAUGACAAGUGGUUUGAAUACCCCAACCCCAACAUAUGUGGCUCCCUCUCCUCGGAAAAAUUCCAUUAGGAUGGUGAAAUCUGCUGGUAUCAAGAAACCUGCUAGGAUGUCGCAGAUCUCGAUUAAUUCAUCUAUUGUCCCAGGAAAAUCGAUUAUAGCGGUCAACAAAAAGUUACGCAGCUUUGUCGAGCCAACCCGCUUAUACAAGAUCAAAAAAGAUCGAACAAACGAAAUGGUUCAGGUAAUACCUGGAGCCACGCCAAGUGACGAUAAUGAAGAUGAAUAUACGAGUACGUAUGCCACUUCGGAGGAAGAACGUCUUGGUGAAAUAGUCCAGAGUGAAGACAAAAAGACCGACUCCGAAGAUGCAAUCACGAGUAUGCGCGAAAGCCAGAUGAGUGUAUCCUCAGACUCGAACAUGAGGAUGCGAUUAACUCUACUCAACAGCCUCAGGAGCAUACCUAACUGGGACGAACUGAGUACAACCUCGACGAUUGGAAAGAUAAAAACGGAGAAGAAGGAGGACGAUGAGGCCCUCGGGAGGUUCCGGGAUCCUUUAGCCAGUAACUCCAACAGUUUAGCUGAUAGCAUACAGUCAACCGACCCCGAAUACGAGGAAAUUUUGCCGCCAGAUGAUUCCGAUGGGCAAAGUCUGCCUUCGCUCUCGACCUCAGAGCUGGAAUCUGAUGACGACAGCGACUGGGAAUCAGAAAAAACGAAAUUAAAAUCAAGUUUUAUACCUACUUUUACCGAAGUUUCAUCCGGGUCCUGGUCCUCCCAGACUUCUACUCGCAUUCGUUCCCAUGUGACUUUUCCCAUCGAUCAGGUUGUCCAGAGCUAUUUGAAUGGACUGAUUGAAAAAGUGGUGUAUAAGUUCGAAAAUCCGGUCUAUUUGCGGGACAAAAGUCUGGACAAAAGUAAGCUCCUGGAACGGCUUUUGAAGGAAGUUGACGAUAAUACCUGGGAAAGGUACGAAAACGAAUUGCUGACCAAGCGUCUGACUGAACACUACUUACGCCGGUUUAAAUAUUCCCUGAUAACGCCGAGCAAAGGUAUCUCGGUCAACGAGGCCCAUCGAGGGCGUUAUAUGAGUGCCCUGUUCGAAUUGGACCUCUGGCUUCAGCGCGAACGGGAGGCUGAGGAAAUCUACAUGGCGGAGAGGGAUCGGCUUCUCGGAGAAUUGGAGCAGAUGCAGUCGGAGGACAAUGAAAGGGUCGAAGAGAUGGAGCAAGUUAUAAGAAAAACCAUCUUCUGCCUGCCUCAAGCCUCAGAUCGCCUUAAAGUCGUAACUGAGGCCGCAUUACGUCAAAUGAGAAAAAAGCGUGAUCUUAUGUCCGAGACACGUCUUGUUUUAAUUAUAAAGCAGCAUAACAAUGCCUACAUUAAGCAGAAAAUAGAUGAAACAGAGACCAUUUCUGGAGAAGUAAAAAUGGAUACGUAUCUCUCAACUGAAACGGACGUUCAGCAGUUAUCGAAUACUCUAACUAAUAGAAAUACAGAACUGCAUCGAAUGUAUGCCUUGAUAAAAUCGAAAAUUCAUACUACCUCUCAUUUGAGAUGUCGGCGAAAGUUGCUGAGUCGCAAAUUUCUGGUUGCCAAAGCAGAGCUGCGUAAAAAACAGCAGCAAAAUUUGGAGUUACGGGACCAAUUAUACAUCAGCAACUUAAAACACAACAAACUUCUCGCCAAAAUCAAAGAAGUCCGACAAAAAGGUGGGAUUAUGUGCUAUCCCAAGUUAUUAGCAGAUUUCGAUCUAACAGUGAAUUUUAUUCUGAUGAAGCGGGAUCGUGUGCAGGAAUUGAAGGAGAAGCAUGACAGUCUGCUUAGAAAAAUUGAAAAGCUUGAAUUUAAGAUUCAAGAACCCACGUUUAGAUUGAGCAUUGGUUCCUCUGACUAGGUAUAUUCAUGCCCUAAGGAAUAGCAUUCAAUAAAUGUGAAAUCAAAACCGAAACUUGUUUAAUG